UAAACCGGGCAACAGCCGUUGAGUCUCGAGCGCAGAGACAGGACCGGACUCUGUGAACGGAGCCCUCAACUUUUAAUGUAUGCGGGCCGAGUCGCACUGUUUUCCCCUCUUUUAUGCAUCCUUCUGCUCGGCUAAGCUCACUAACGGCUCGCUUUUUUCCACACCGGCUCGGUACAGGAUCUGUUUCGGGUUCUAAAAGCGGUCUGGUGUCACUGUCUUUUAUGUUUUAGGCGACUACAACGAUUAACAAGUGAGUGAGAAAGUGAGUGACUGCAUGGACCAGACUGAACAUGAAGAGCCUCAAAGCAAAGUUUAGAAAAACUGAUACAAAUGAGUGGAACAAAAACGAUGAGCGUCUUCUUGCUGCGGUGGAGCAUGGUGAGGUGGAGAAGGUGGCAUCACUUCUGGCCAAGAAAGGCACCAGUGCUGUGAAGCUGGACAGUGAAGGCAAAUCAGCUCUUCAUGUAGCAGCUGCGCGUGGUCAGACAGAUUGCAUGUCUGUCAUCGUCUCCCACGGAGCCGACCUGUCAAUCACUGAUGCUGCAGGUUUGAAUCCUUUACACCUGGCUGCCAGAAAUAAUCAUGUAGAGUGCUGCAAAAAACUCAUUCAGAGUAAAUGUCCAAUUGAGGCUGUCGACGGCUCAGGAAAGACUGCACUGCAUCACGCCGCUGCCAGCGGGAACAUCCAGACCGUCCAACUGCUGUGUGAACUCAAAUCUUCCAUCAACCUGAAAGAUGCAGACGGCCUCACUCCCCUGCUGCUGUCAGCCAAACAUGGUCAUGCUGAAGUGUGCAGUGCUUUACUGGACUGUGGUGCUGAAAUCAACACUUCUGAGAACAGUGGCAGGACAGCUCUGAUGUUGGCCUGUGAGACCAAUGCAGUGUCAGUCAUUGAUGUGUUGAUUCAGCGAGGAGCAGAUCUGUCCGCUGUAGACUCACAUGGCCAUGAUGUUGUCCACUACGUAAAACUAUCAGGCAGCUCUGAGGUUAAAACUGCAGUCACUGCUGCUCUGAGCAGACAACAGGUCACAGAAGCCAAGUCUCCCAGAAGUCCUCAGCAUGAUCAAGUAGCUAAGAUAAGUGAUGAGCGGAUCACAACUCCCAAAAAACGAAAAGCACCUCCACCUCCUAUUAGCCCACUGCAGAGCUCAGGGCCGUCAUCCCCCUCAGUCGUGACCUCUGCUGGGACCCCCACAUCUGGAAAAAGUGACACUCCUAAGAGAUUCAACUACAAGGAGGAUGAGGUUCGAAGAAUGGCACAGAAAGAGCUGCAGGAGGAGAGAAACAUGUUACUGGAGACGAUCGAAGACUUGAAGCAGACAGUGGAGCAAACGGUGGCUGAAGCAGACACAAAGGUCGAGCACAGUUUUACUGCAUCUUCAGCUCUGGUUUCUGCUCUGCAAGCUAAAAUUACUGCACUCACUCUGGAAAACCAGCAACUUAAAAGCAAAAGCAAAAAACAUCCGUCCCGCCAAGAAAGUGAGGGCCUCAAGGAGACGAGUCGUCCAAACAGCAUGACUUCUAAUUCCUCCUUCCACUCCACUCAGGAUGAGUUUGAGUUUGCCACCUCUCCUGUAGACAGAGACGGGUCUGUUAAACGAGAGGACAGAGGUGAAGAGGAGAGUCCAGGGGAGAGAGGAGGAAGCAAAGAGGAGAUCCGACUGCUGAGACAGGCUUUGGAAAGCGUUCAGAUAAAACUGCUUGAAACGAGGAAGGAAAACCGCUCACUUCAGGCUCAGCUGAAACCAGAGCAUGGCAGAGAGAGAGAAGAUGAUGAAGGCACAAGGGAGAAAGAGCGAGAGACAGAGUUGAUGGAGAGUUUAGCAGAGCUUCAGGCGAAGCUGACAGACACUCAGGAGCGAUACCACCAAGCGGUCGAGGAGGUGGAGGAGCUGAGAGCCCUGAUAGGAAGAGGAGGAGAUGGCCCGAUGGAGAAACAGGAAGUCCAGAGACGUACUUCAAUACUUGAACAUGAAGUAAAGCAGCUGAAGGCACAGCUCCUCCAGGCUGGAGCAGAACAGGAGAAAGCAGCUCAACAAAUCCAGCUGCUAGAGGAGACGCUGAGGAGGACAGACGAGGAGAGACGGACUGGAAAAGAAAGAGAACAGAGGACAGCCAAGGUUGAGGAGCUGUAUAAGGAGGCGCAGGAGGAGAUCAGGAUGCUGCAGGAGGCUCUGAGGGGAACAGUUCCUGUGGAAGCUGCAGCCAAAGAUUUUGAAGAAAUGAAGGCUGAGCUGAAUGAGGUGAUUGCUGGGCUGCAGCGCCGCUUACUGGAACUAUCACACUCCUACAGUGAAACAAAGAGUCAGCUUAGUGCAGUACAGAAACAGCUGUCUGAGGGCAGCCAGGCCUCGUCUCCAACGUCAGAGCAACAGCAGGAACAACAGCUGCAGGCACUUAAAAGCAGAGCAGACGAGCUGCAGACAAGACUAUCAGAGACCGAGAAGAAGUACUCGGCCGCUCAGCAGCUCAUUGCACAGCUCCGACAGGAAGCAGAGGAGCAGACGCAGAGCUCUGUGUCCCUCGCUGAUCACACUCAGGUAGUGUCAUCUCUGGGAAACGCCAUCAAAGAGCUGGAAACACAGUCAGAAACCCUGAAGGAGCAGCUCCAUCAGAAGGCACUGCAGGUGGAUGCACUGCACAACAGACUGUCAACAGAGAAAAAUGCCACUCUGGCUGAUUCAGUGUCCCGCCAAGAACAUGACAUGAUGAAAGAGCAACUGGAUGGAGAGGUGAGCCACCUGACGCAGCUCCUCCAGGGGGCCCUCAGGAAGCAGGACGAGAUGGCUCUGGAGGCGGCCGAUGCAUGGCAACAGGCUCGAGACAAUCGAGCUGAGCGUGAAGCCCUGCAGGAGCUGGUGAUGUCCAGAGAGAAGGAGAACCAGAGCCUGACCUCCAGACUCACUGAGUCCCAGGACGCUGUGAGUCAACUCAAACAGCUGGUGGAGAAUCACGUGGCCUCAGAGAGAGAGAAGAACAAGAGGAUAGACGACCUGUCUCGUGAGGUGGGGAAGUUGAAGGACGCCUUAAACAGCCUGUCUCAGCUCUCAUACAGCUCCGGGUCCCCGUCCAAGAGACAACAGCAAAACCAGCAGCUGGAGACGAUGCAACAACAAAUCAAACAGCUGCAGUACCAGUUAGCUGAGUCAAAGAAGCAGCACCAUGAGACAGUUUCUGUCUACAGGAUGCACCUCCUCUACGCUGUGCAGGGUCAGAUGGAUGAGGACGUCCAGAAAGCCUUGAAGCAGAUCCUGAUGAUGUGCAAGAUGCCAAGCCAAGCCAAGGAGGCCUGUUGAGACGCAGCGGGCCCCGUUUCCCAAAAGCAUUCUUACAAACACAGACUGCUGCUGUCGGCCGAAAGCUGGCGGUUUAUCGUCCAAAUUCACACACUGCUCGUGCCGAUUACAAGGCGGUAAAUGGUGCCUCUGGAUAAACCUGUACAUGAGACGAAUGUUUACAGUCAUAUUACGCUCACGGCCUUUGCCAAUGUCAUUCUGACUCACUGAUGUUUAUAUAAUCAUAUGAUGGAAGAUGCUUUUGGAAAAUGUACAAUCUCACCAAACUUCAAAUGUCCGUUUGUGCACAAUUAACUCUACAUUGUCAUCGUGCAGUAACCUCCAAAAUCACUCUAUGUGCACAAUGACCAGCCGUAAAAACAGACCUGGUUGGGUUUUAUUUCUGUUUAGUGACUCCAUUGGCGCUGCUCUUAAUAGUAUCUGUUUUUAUGAUACACCAGUGUUAGUAUUAUUUUUCAUGUGGUCUGAAUGUUUCAGUUGUUGACAUUUUCCUAAAACUAAAUUAUUUGUGACACAUUGAAUAUGCAUGUGUUCUACUCCGGUCCAAAAAAGAAUCUAAUUUCAAUCUUUCUGACCCCAUUUCUAUGAAGAAAAGGCCUGAUAAUGUUUCUAUUGCUAUUUUCCUAUUCGCUCAAACAUUUAUAAAGAUAUAUUUUACUGAA